UUAUAUUCUUUAUAUAUAUGUUUGUGUUUCCAAUUUCUGCAUUCUUGGUGAGAAAAAUACAAACCAAAAUCAGCUCAAAAUAUUAGUAUAUAUCUAUAAUCGAGGAUAAUAAUUUAAUUGUCAUCUCUAUUUUUUUUUAUUUUGUGGUUUAGAUAACUUUUCCAAAAGUUAGAAUGGGUUAGGAAUUAGGAGUUAGUACUAGUCGAGUAUGAUUAGGAAAUUUAGUUGGUUUGGGUGUCCUUAGCCACUAUAUAUAUGGUGGAGAAGAUAGGUCAAGAACCAUUCAUCAUCAUCAUCUUCCUGCUUUGUUUCUAAGCUUCUAUCUUCAGAUCUCUCUCUUAGUCCCUGGAGAUAUGUCAGAGAAUAAAACUAAUGCAGAGAAUCUUAGCAAUGCCUUUGUGGAGCAUUACUAUUACAUUCUUAACGAAGCACCUCGCUAUCUUCAUACUUUCUAUAAUGAACCCUGUCUGUUUAACCGUCGUGAUCCUGCAACCCAUGUCAAGAAAACUUUCUGGACUAGGGAAGAAGUGAAAGAUGAGUUUCUGGCUAUGCGAUACGAAGAUUACACGGCUGAGAUUGAGACUUCACUUGGUAUACCAUAUCCUAUGGAGGAUGAUCGUGUUAUUGUGUUCGUCAAUGGAUACUUGACAAGGAAGAAAGAUAACGUGAGGGAAACGAUAUUUUCAGGUUCAAGGAGACGCAGACCGCAGACGCAGAUCCCAACCUUAAAUCUGAUUGCUCUUUUUCCUCACAAACCGGCAGCAACAGAGAACUAAGUGAGAAAGCUCCAAGCAAAGGGGACGAUGAUGAUGAAUUAUGUGUUUCAGUUUUAGGGUUCUAGACUUACAUAUAUGUGUUCUCCAAAGUUCGUUUUGGGUUGGGUUUCUAGGUUUAGGGAUCCUAGGAAAUUAGGAAUCGAAUCAAAAGAUGUAGGUUCAUAUGAACAUAAGUUCCUUUUCUAGCGUUUUCAUAGAGAUUUAUCUUUGUUUCAGCUGUUGGAAAAGUUUCAAAAUUAUAAUCAGAAAAAUUUAUAACAGUAUUGUUUAAGAAAUUCCAACACAUCUUAUUAUAGUUUUGAGCGUUUGAUCCACUUCUAUUCAAGUUCUGCAUUUGAACAUAAAAAAAAACUAGAAAAAGUUAAUUAGAAGCUUGCACAAGUAGUGGAGCUAUAAUGUUUCUUUGAUGU